AUCGGCUCCUUUUCCUCCAAGGAGGGUCCCAAAAACCAAUGAGGAGGACUCAGGACCCUGCUGGCCAUGCUGAGCCCCGCACCCUCCCUGCCUGUGAUGCUCUGGGCUCUCCUGCUGAUACCUGCCUCCCUGAGUGCUCAGACUGGAACAUGGGACGAGCACACCUGCACCAAGGGCGUGGUCUCCGUGUCCAGGGGUGAGCGUGCUGUGAUGACCUGCAACCUCUCCAGCCCCAUCUCCUACAUCAACAUCUGCCUGGUUCGCUCCGGGGGGCCCUGUCAGACCAUCUUCAAAAACGUGAGCCCAGGAAACUACUCCGAGGGUGGGUGGCAGCUCUGGAUUCAAGAAGACACAGCACAGCUGGUGACGGAGAAAGCCCAGGACAGCCAGGCAGGGCAGUACUUGUGGCGGAUUGCGGCACGCCAAAUAAGCAUUAAAAAUACCACCCUGAACAUUUCAGCAGAGCCCCAGGAGCUGCCCUUCAUGUCAUCCCAUGGCCCAGAGAUGCUCUUCACCCUGCCUGAGGCCAUGCCCCAAUCCCAGCGCCGGGACCCCGUCAUUGUCCCCUCCUUUGUCAUCCUCUUUGUCAUCCUCUUUGUCAUCCUGGGGUUCUUUGGUGUGUUCUGGCACAGAAGGUGCCCUUUCACCAGGCUCCAGGAGCUCCCGCAGGAGAGCCAGAUCUGAGUGAGGAUGGACGUCCACCAGGAGGGUGACGAAGCAAGCCCACCUGCCACCCAGGACCCAGCCCCAGAGCCCGGAUUCCCACAAAGAACACCAGACAAGACCCAGCCCCUUCCCCUCCCUGCAGUCGCCCCACCCCGACCAAGACUGCCUACACAGGGUGGUCUUACCCUCCCCUGUUUGGGCUGAGAGGUGCCCAAGGUGGCAGAGGGAGGCAGGACCCUGUCCCUGUCUGCUGGCAGGAGGCGGGUAUGCUGGGGGAGCCCUGUGACCUCACUCAGAAAGGCUGCCGAAUCCUGGCCUCCCAGUCACUCACCCCAGAGACCCGGGACCUUUUCUUCCCCGCCUCAGUCUCCCAAGUGCCCCCCCCUCUCUGCUGCCCAAAAUGUGAAUCUCAAGUUCCAAACACUUGACCUGACAGGAUCCUCCCUUCCACUCCAUUCAGGGUGUGGACGCCUCCUCCCGGAAGGGGUGCUGCUGUCACCUCCCAGAUGCCCGUUUUUUGGUGCGAGGUUGAUCUUGGGCAUUCUCCUGUCUUUUGACUCUGAGCAAGAACAAGUUUUGGGGACCCUCCUGCCACUGGUCACGGAGCCAAGAUGGGGGCUUACAGGCGGGAGAUGGUGUGUCAGCCCACGACCACUACUUGGGGUCGUGGCAGCAGGCGCCUCUCAGGAAGGAAGGUGGGACAGGUGACUGCCAGCAGGACCCUUUCCCACCCGCCACACGGUUGUCUGUGCCAACCCUGUCUGUCCUGCCUGCCCUGCCUGCUGGCCCUCCCCUACCCCAAACCCAUUUAUGCCAGAUGUCUUCAUAAUCGCCCCCUGUAUAUAACCUAUACAUGUAUUUUUAAUAGCAACAAAUCUUUGAGAUUUUUAAAAAUAAUUUUUUAAAACAAAAGCCCC